AUGUCGAGAUUCUUUUGGAGCGUACAAGAAAUACAAGAGAUUCCUGAUGUUGAAGAACAUUCCGUGGUAAAGUGUGUUACUGUGGAUACGAGUAAGUUAGUUUUGGAGCUAAACAAAGAGUUACAAGAUGAAGAAAGCGGUGUCGAUUUUAUUGUCACACAGUUGCAAUUACUGAUAAAUAAUGUGUAUAAGAAAAUACAGAAGGACUUUAGAGUUCCCGAAGAUCGUUCUUUAGUAAUAAAUUUGAAUUUUACGCACUUGAAGUUCUCGGUAGCUUAUUGGGAUAUUUUAUUGGAGAGGUCACUAGACCUCAUGAAUGGUUCAUCGAAGACAGGUGCCCGCUACUUUAUUACUGGGGCUACACCGGUAGAAAGAAUUCGGUAUGUUGAAACUAAUCAAUAUUUCCAAACUUUUAAAGCUAACCAGCGUCUGAUACAGGACAGCGUGGAUAUGGACGAGUUUAUUGAUUUUGAAACACUGAUAAAACAAAUGAUUUUCGACCUGUUCAAACAAAACGCAAUUCCAGAUCAAGAUUUUGAAGUCAUUUUGUCAAGGUUUCAUAACUUGGAAAGCUUGAUGGUUGCUUUUAACGAGUGA